AUGGACGCGAACAGGCGCCAGAGUGGGAUUCAGCAGCUACUGGCUGUGGAGCAGGAGGCUCAGCAAAUUGUGAACGCGGCUAGAGCUGCUAAGUCAGCGAGGCUUAAGCAAGCGAAAGAGGAGGCUGAGCGGGAAAUAGCCGAAUACCGUGCCCAGAUGGAGGCUGAGUUCCAGAGGAAGGUCGCAGAGAGCAGUGGUGACUCUGGUGCGAACGUCAAGCGUCUCGAGGAAGAGACGGCGGCGAAAAUCGAACAGCUCAACCAGCAGGCUGCAAGCAUCUCCCCAGAUGUCAUUCAGAUGCUUCUGAGGCAUGUCACCACCGUGAAGAACUGA